UCGUUUCAUUCCUCUAUUAUCUAUGCGUUUCAUAAUUUUCAAAUUGAAAGUGUCGAGUGACUAUCGUUAUCGAAGUGUUUUAGAAAUUGGAAGGUGAAGAUGUCCCUCUUGCCUCUUGUAUUUCGCGACGUGUUGAGACCCCUCAGAAAGCUGGAGAAUCAAAUGAGGUUGACGGAAGAGCUUUUUCAUCCAACAUUAUACUGCGUUAAAAGGCCAAGACACAUUUUAGAUUUCGACGAAAAUUUGUUGAAGGGGGACGCCGUUAUUCAGGACAAAGAAAAAUUCCAGCUAAAACUUGACGUGCAAGACUUCAAACCCGAGGAAAUUAGGGUUAAAACGGUAGAUGGAAACGCAGUUGAAAUAGAAGCGAAACACGAUGAAAAAUAUGAUGAGGGAUUUAUUUCGAAGCAAUUAAUCAAGAGGUUUGUGUUGCCCAAGGGGCACGAUUUAAAAAGUGUCGUCUCCAGUUUGUCGACUGAUGGUGUCCUUACCAUCACGGCUCGUAGACGGGUCGAAGAUCUCGAAGAGAAGAGCAUUCCCGUAAUCCACGAAGGCACAGAGAAAAAUCGCCAGUAAUUUGCACCCAGUGAUCAUAUAUCUGUAGAAUUAUUACAUUUUUAUUGUUUGUACAAUGUUUGGAUUCGACAGUGAGUGAGUUUUAUACAUUAACUUAUAUUUUUUUUGUACUGAAUGUUACUACGUAAGACUGAUCCAAUAAAAACUAUAUUAUUAAUCAA